AUGCCAAUCACACAACAUACUCAUCCGCCUCGAUACCAGCCCUCUGGAUCCAGCCACAAAAGAAACCCGCCCUUCUACUCGAGUCCAGAGUCAAAAGUCCAGAGUCCAGACCCCGCUCUUCCAAAACCCCCAGUCGCCCAUCUCACAGCUCGCAGCGAGGAUACUGAUGGCCCGGCUAGAUGCAUGGCUCUGAUCACUGUGUAG